CCUGAGCUGCUGUUGCUGCCGCUGGCGUCGGCAGUUGGCCACGAGCUGAGCGGGACUGGGCUGCAGGCCGGGCCGGCGCGUGAGGCGCCGCGGAGUGGGAGGGAGGCGCCGGGAGGAGGGCCCAGCCUGAGCUGAGGGGGAGCCGCGUCGGGGGCCCGUGAGCCCCGUCGCCGAACAAAGGGCAGCGACCGAGCGUCCGCCGUAGAGCCCGGCCAGAGCCCGCUCCCCGCCCCGGCAAGCCCCGGACGCGGCCAGACCCCGCUCCUCGCCCCAGCCAGCGCUUCACUCGGGGGACCCCGGACUGGCGGCAGAUGGAGGUGCUGGAUGCGGGGACAAGAAGCGGAGGGGAGAGACCCUCUGAGGAGCCGGAUGUGAAACAUGUUGCGGACUCAUAAAAUGAGUGGCUGAAAGGGAAAGGAAAAUAGUGCCAUUAUUUACUAGAAUAACAACAUGGGAAAUACAACCACCAAAUUCCGCAAAGCACUUAUAAAUGGAGAUGAAAAUCUGGCCUGUCAAAUAUAUGAGAGCAACCCUCAACUAAAAGAAUCCCUCGAUCCAAAUACUUCUUAUGGGGAACUCUAUCAGCACAAUACUCCAUUACAUUAUGCUGCUAGGCAUGGAAUGAACCGAAUACUAGGGACUUUUCUUUUUGUUAGAGAUGGAAACCCAAAUAAACGAAAUGUGCACAAUGAGACAUCUAUGCACUUGCUGUGUAUGGGACCUCAAAUUAUGAUCGCUGAGGGAGCUCUCCAUCCUCGCUUGGCACGACCCUCUGAAGAUGACAUCAGAAGAGCAGAGUGUCUGCAAAUGAUCCUAAAAUGGAAAGGAGCAAAGCUUGACCAAGGAGAAUAUGAAAGAGCAGCUAUUGAUGCUGUUGAUAAUAAAAAAAAUACACCUUUGCAUUAUGCUGCUGCCUCAGGGAUGAAAACCUGUGUAGAGCUUCUGGUAAAACAUGGUGGAGACUUGUUUGCGGAAAAUGAAAAUAAAGAUACUCCCUGUGACUGUGCUGAGAAGCAGCACCAUAAAGACUUGGCCCUCAACCUGGAAUCUCAAAUGGUAUUCUCACGGGAUCCUGAAGCUGAAAGCAUUGAAGCUGAAUAUGCUGCUUUAGACAAAAGAGAGCCAUAUGAGGGACUAAGACUUCAGGAUUUGCGAAGGCUAAAGGAUAUGCUGAUAGUGGAAUCUGCAGACAUGCUUCAAGCCCCACUGUUUACUGCAGAAGCUCUGCUUCGGGCACAUGACUGGGACAGGGAGAAAUUACUUGAAGCAUGGAUGUCUAAUCCAGAGAACUGCUGCCAACGUUCAGGUGUUCAAAUGCCAACUCCACCUCCAAGUGGGUAUAAUGCCUGGGACACACUCCCUUCACCACGAACUCCCCGCACCACUCGCUCUUCUGUGACCUCCCCUGAUGAAAUCAGCCUUUCACCGGGAGAUAUUGAGACAAUUCUGUGUGACAUUUGUAUGUGUAAUAUUUCUGUAUUUGAAGACCCAGUGGAUAUGCCUUGUGGACAUGAGUUUUGCAGAUCAUGCUGGGAGGCGUUUUUGAAUCUGAAAAUUCAGGAGGGUGAGGCUCACAACAUUUUUUGCCCAGCGUAUGAUUGCUUCCAGCUUGUUCCUGUAGAGAUCAUAGAAAGCGUGGUUUCCAGGGAGAUGGACAAAAGAUACCUACUGUUUGACAUUAAGGCCUUUGUUGAAAAUAAUCCUGCUAUUAAAUGGUGUCCUAUACGAGCCUGUGAAAGAGCAGUCAAGCUAACAAGACAAGGAUCAAAUACAACUGGUUCAGACACACUUAACUUCCCAUUGCUAAGAGCCCCUGCCGUAGAUUGUGGAAAAGGGCAUCUCUUCUGCUGGGAAUGUCUUGGUGAAGCACAUGAACCUUGUGACUGCCAAACAUGGAAGAACUGGCUGCAGAAGAUAUCUGAAAUGAAACCAGAAGAACUUGUGGGAGUUAGUGAGGCUUAUGAAGAUGCUGCCAACUGCCUAUGGUUACUAACUAACUCCAAACCAUGCGCCAACUGCAAAUCUCCAAUUCAGAAGAAUGAGGGCUGCAACCACAUGCAGUGUGCAAAGUGCAAAUAUGACUUUUGCUGGAUUUGCCUAGAAGAAUGGAAGAAGCACAGCUCUUCUACUGGAGGCUAUUACAGGUGCACUCGCUAUGAAAUCAUUCAGCAUGUAGAGGAACAGUCCAAGGAAAUGACAGUGGAGGCUGAAAAGAAACAUAGACGAUUUCAAGAGCUUGAUAGGUUUAUGCAUUAUUACACGAGGUUUAAGAACCAUGAGCUCAGCUAUCAGUUAGAACAGCGCCUUCUAAAAACUGCCAAAGAAAAGAUGGAGCAGUUGAGUAGAGCUCUCAGUGGAACUGAAGGAGGCUGUCCUGAUACCACUUUCAUUGAAGAUGCAGUACAAGAGCUCUUAAAAACUCGCCGCAUUCUCAAGUGUUCUUAUCCAUAUGGAUUCUUUUUGGAACCUAAAAGCACAAAGAAAGAAAUAUUUGAACUUAUGCAGACAGACUUAGAAAUGGUCACGGAAGACCUUGCUCAGAAAGUAAAUAGGCCUUAUCUUCGUACUCCUCGUCACAAAAUAAUCCGUGCAGCAUGUCUUGUGCAGCAGAAGAGGCAAGAGUUUUUGGCCUCUGUGGCCCGUGGAGUUGCCCCUGCAGACUCUCCAGAAGCUCCAAGACGCAGGUAAUUUAGGUAUAAAAAGAGAGUGCAAACCAAAAAAGUUCAGGUUACAGCUACCAAGCUCUGUGAACCCACCUCUCAAACUAGUGCUUGCUUUGACAUACACAUCAAAGCAAAACAGAGCUGACAAUUUUGUAGUUGUAGGUCACUGGCUCAACAAACACUUUCUUUAUUUGAUUCACGGGGGGGAGUUGCUGCCGUUUGUGUGACUCGGGCGCGGGUCCCAGCGGCAUUCCUCGGGUGGGUCCGCACGUAGUUGCCACGAGCGAGUGAGGAUUUUG